CGCGAACCUAAAAAACCUUAACCCCGCGCUCGCUCCUCCUUCACCUUCUGCAGGCAAAACAUCACCCACAUCUCAUCAAACACCUCUACUCGCCACACUCCAUACCUGCGAAUAUCGCUCAAACCAUACACGAAGCGCCCAUCGCAUCUCCCCCUCACGCGCACCACAAUGACCAUCUUCACGCCCCCCAGCCCAACCGCCUGGACCCUCCGCCUCAAGCACCACCGCACAACGCUCCUCUUCCACACCGACCCCCUCCAAACCUUCGCGACCCUGAAAACCCAACUCCUCACUGCGCUGCGCGAAACCUCGCCUGACGACGCUCUCGACGGCAUCCCCCUCCCAUCCUCUCCAUCCGAGAUUAUCCUCGCACGGCCGGUGGAUAUCAACGAUCUAAGCAAGGGCUUCGUGACGGGCGAGUGGGAGCGGGACGGGCUCGGCGACGAGGGAAUGGAGGAUGUGGAUGAGAGCGGGGAAGGGAAGAAGGGGAAGGGGAGGCCGAAGAAGGCGACGCAGGUGGCGGGGGACUGUCCAAAGGGCGCGAAGAAUGUUAAAGAUGGGGGGGUGUUGGCGUUUUCGUGGGGGAAGGAGAGGGAGAGGCGGGAGGGGAAGGGGAAGGGGAAGAUGGCCGUGGAUGAGGACGGGGAGGUGCAGGAGGAGUGGGAUGUUGUGCUGCCGAGUUAUGAGGAUAUGUAUGGGGAUGCUUAG